UUUGAGGGCUGCCCCAAAGCAUUCUCACGUCUGGAGAACCUGAAGAUACACCUGAGGAGCCACACAGGAGAGAAACCGUACAUCUGCCAGCACCCCGGCUGCCUGAAAGCCUUCAGUAACUCCAGUGACCGAGCCAAACACCAGCGCACACAUCUGGACACGAAGCCGUACGCCUGUCAGAUCCCGGGAUGCACCAAACGCUACACUGAUCCCAGCUCGUUACGAAAGCACGUCAAAGCUCACUCAGCCAAAGGCCUUCAAGAGCGAGAGGUCAAG